AAAUACGUGAUUAAGUACUGUAAUUAAUUAAUGCCCAGCUGGGUAUAAAAGGUAGCAGCAUAAUUGGUUUGAGUCAAACUGUUACUGUUCUUCAAGAUGAAAAAUACAAUUUUGCUCCUUUUCGUCGUAUACACAAUCCAGUUGUGUAACUCAGCUACGGUCGAAGACGCCGAGACUGAGCUCAAAAGACUCCGAAAACUGGCCACUCAUAAACUCCAAGCUGCAUCAUUUGAAUACAACAAAAUAUCUGAAGAAGUUGACUCAGCAGCGAAAGCUGAGCAAGACUAUGGCCAUUUCGAAAUUCACCAAAAAUCCAACAACUUGAAGACCAAGUUCAAUCAAGAUCACGGGAUUUCGCACAAGUGUCGUGGUUCAAGACACCACCUUAUCCACCAGCUGGGGGAAUCACACAUUGCUGAUCUGCAACGCUGCAUUGACCAUCAGCGUGCAGAAAUCGCCAAUGUUUUGUCCACACAAAAACUAGCAUUGGACGAACAGGUCUGGAGUGCAGUUUACGAGGAGGAAAAGCACAUUGUUCUGUGCGGUCUGGAUAGAGGUUGUCUUGAUGGUGCGAUUAAAAAUGUUAAGGAGAAAAUUGCCGAAGUGAUGAAGGUGAUUAAUGCAAAUAUCAGCUCCAGUCGGCAGCUGAAAGACGCCCAAGUGCUUUUGAUCAAGUCAUGUGCCAGGAGAAGUGUGGGCAAUGCUGGACAUGCACUGGAUAAUGUACCCCACUGUUCCUAUUAAAUGAUUAUUGUAUUUUGAUUCUUUAAAUAAACGCAGUUUUCGUUAU